AGAGAGCGAUGGCGUCUGCAAAAGGUGGACUGUUGGCACGUUCCGAUUUUCCUCUGUAUGCUGUUAAAGCCCUAGACGAACGCCAUUUUCUUGUAGCUGGUGGCGGUGGAGCAGCAAAGACGGGUGUACCAAAUGCCAUUGAAGUAUAUGAAGUAAAGUUCUUAUCAGAAAAAGCUGUCGCUGGAAGCAUAUGCAGACAUGAUACAGGUUCCAAAUCCAUAAUGAAUGGCUGUGUUGUGUAUGAUGGCAGGAAAAACCUCUUUGCAGCUGGUCUGGAUGAUGAAUGCCACAUAUACUCACUGAAAUAUAAAGUUGGAUCUCCAGAGAAAAAGGAGAAAGGUAUUUGAGAA